ACAAUUACAUCGCUCGACGAGCCGUCUCCUGUACAUCCCACUCUUGUCGACGCCCAACCGCUCUCUAGGGUUUCUAUUUCCCGUCUAAUUCCAUCGCCUUUCCUCCACCGCUCCAAUCUCAGCACGACCAACGGAGAAGGAGAUCCGAACGAUCCGUCUCUUCCAGCGUAAUCCACGGAGAGACGAAAGGGGAUAGUGGUUUGAUUUGGUAUCCUCUGUCGGAUGCAGCUGAUGGCCAAGACCAAGCCGGGGAAGAAGGACCUUGAUUCCUACUCCAUCAAGGGUACCAACAAGGUCGUCAAAGUGGGGGACUGCGUGCUGAUGCGGCCGGCGGAGUCAGAGAAGCCACCGUACGUGGCACGGGUGGAGAAAAUCGAGGCAGACCACCGCAACAAUGUGCGCGUCCGCGUCCGGUGGUACUACCGCCCCGAGGAGUCCAUUGGUGGCCGCCGGCAGUUCCAUGGUGCCAAGGAGCUCUUUCUCUCCGACCACUAUGACGUGCAGAGCGCACACACCAUCGAGGGCAAGUGCACGGUCCACUCCUUCAAGAACUACACCAAGCUGGAGAAUGUUGGUGCCGAGGACUACUUUUGUCGCUUUGAGUACAAGGCGGCCACUGGGGGCUUCACUCCUGACCGUGUCGCGGUGUACUGCAAGUGUGAGAUGCCUUACAACCCUGACGAUCUCAUGGUCCAGUGUGAGGGAUGCAAGGAUUGGUUCCAUCCAUCUUGCAUGGGCAUGACAAUUGAACAAGCAAAAAAGUUGGAUCACUUUCUAUGCUCUGAUUGUGUCUCUGAAAAUGAUGCCAAAAGAUCUAUGAAUGGGUUUCCAACUUCACCAGUUUCUGAAGCCAAGGGAAGAUAUCCUAGUGGAGGGAAACUCUUGAUGUGGGAUUCUGUCAAUGUACAUACUUGGAUCUCAGGCUGAACCCAAGCGGCGGAAGAGGUAGUUGCUGAUGCUGUAGAUUUGGCCUCUGAGGAUAUAUGCGUUUUAUAAGAGAUAACCCGUCUUGUUGGUAAGAUGAAAUUGUACAGUGCAGAGAACAGACUGCUUGAAGAGAAAACCAUUGUCAUGUUUAUGAACUUAUGAAUGUUUAUAGUACUGCUCUUCUCACCCUUUUAA